AUGCUAGCUUCUUCUGCAUCCGCCGCCGCCCGCAGCGGCAGAAGGGCAGUAACUUCGUCCUUUCAUCAACUACAGCAAGUCAGAAAUGUUUCCAAAGAUAUACGUUUUGGUUCCGAUGCUCGCAUGCAGAUGUUGGCAGGCUGCAAUCGUCUAGCAGACGCAGUUGGGGUCACUUUGGGGCCAAAGGGGCGCAAUGUAGUGAUUGCGCAGCCUUUCGGCUCGCCCAAGAUAACGAAGGACGGCGUGACGGUUGCCAAGGCGGUGGAGUUGGCGAACAAAACUGAAAACCUUGGCGCCCAGUUGCUGAAACAGGUGGCAGCCACUACAAAUGACAUUGCCGGUGACGGCACGACCACUGCCACUAUCUUGGGCCGGGCUAUCUUCAAGGAGGGGUGCAAAGCGAUUGACGCUGGCAUGAACCCUAUGGACGUCCUCCGAGGCAUUCACCUGGCGGUUGAGCACGUGUUGUCGGCUCUGUCUGCGUCGCGGAAGGAGAUCUCGACGACGGAGGAAAUCGUCUCAGUAGCAACGAUCAGCGCGAACGGUGACGCGCAAGUGGGGCAGUUGAUAGGGGAGGCUAUGAAGAAGGUGGGCCGUGAGGGAACGAUUACCGUCUCGGAGGGGAAGGCACUGCAGCACGCGCUGGAGGUGGUGGAGGGGCUGAGAUUUGACCGAGGAUAUCUCAGCCCGUACUUCAUAACGAACGCGAAGGAACAGAAAGUUGAACUGGACGCGCCAUACGUCCUUCUGGUUGACAAGAGAUUGUCCCAAAUACAACAACUCCUCCCCGCCCUUGAGUUCGUCCUGCAGAACCAGGCAGCACUGCUCAUCAUUGCGGAGGACGUUGAGAGCGAGGCCCUUGCGACACUGGUAGUCAACAAACUGCGUCUCGGCCUCCGCGUCUGUGCGGUGAAGGCCCCCGGUUUCGGUGACGGCCGCAAAGCGCAGCUCUACGACCUGGCCACCCUCACAGGGGGCAAGGUGCUCAGCGACGACACGCCUUCCAUUGGAGACGAAAAGGCAGACAUCGUUGGGAUGCUGGGCCGUGCGAAGAGCGUGGUGGUCACGAAGGACUCGACGUUGAUGAUGGAGGGCAACGGAUCAAAGACAGACAUUUCUGAAAGGUGUGAACAGCUGAGGAACCUCAUCAAGCAGACCAGCUCUGAGUACGAAAAGGAGAAGCUGCAGGAGCGCCUUGCACGGUUAACUGGGGGAGUGGCGGUGAUAAAGGUUGGUGGAGCCUCUGAGGUGGCGGUAGGCGAGGCGAAAGACCGAAUUCAAGACGCCCUGUGCGCUACACGAGCUGCAGUUGAGGAGGGUAUUGUCCCAGGAGGAGGCGUCGCUCUUCUCUAUGCUUCGCAGGUGAUGCUGCUUUUCCUGCAGGUUGUGGUGCUAUUGCUGCUGAUUCAGCUGCUGUUGGUGUUACUGGCGCUGUUGGUGGUGGAUUCGAUGCUUGUUACUGUCGUUGGUAUUAUCCGUUUGUUAUUGUUUGCUGUUGUUUUGCUAAUGGUCGAUAACGCAGAACAGCGCAUGGGCGUCGAGAUCGUCGAGAAGGCGUGCCAGGUGCCGUGCAAACUCAUUGCAGAUAACGCAGGACACGAGGGGGCGGUGGUUGUUGGUAAUCUGUUGCGCCUCAAGGACAAUAAGAUGGGCUUCAACGCACAGACAGGCUGCUACGUGAACAUGGUUGAAGCAGGCAUCAUAGACCCAACCAAAGUUGUCAAGACUGCCUUGAGCGACGCCUCUUCAGUGGCAUCCCUGAUGGCAACAACAGAGGCCUCUAUCGUAGAUGCCCCCGAGAAGAACCCACCCCAGGGAGAGGGGAUGGGGGCUCCAGGAGGCGGCAUGCCCAUGGGGGGAAUGUUCUAA